AUGCAAAUCUCACCGCCGGGGUUGCGGAUCAUGGGUGCCAUCGCCUGCUGGGACUUUGCGGCCACUGCUGGACACCUGCGGCCGGACCUGAACCCGCCAACCUCGCCUGACGCCUCGGUCGAUGUCGCCUUCUUCUCUCCGCACAAGCUGCUGGGAGGCCCUGGUUCGGUGGGCCUGCUUCUGGUGAAGAAGAGGCUUCUGCGAAACUCAGUGCCGGCAGUCCCCGGCGGCGGCGUCGUCUUCUUCGUGGACCAGCAAGGCCACUCGUACAUCCAGAACGCGGAGGAUCGCGAAGAAGCUGGCACACCCGACAUCGUGGGCUGCAUCCGGACAGGCUUGGUGUAUCACCUGCACACGCUUCUCCCUGAGCAACUCAUACAGGCGGAGCACCGUGGCCUCCGCGUGUUGCUGGACAGAUGGGCAUCACAGCCGCGCAUCGAGGUGCUGGGCACAGUGGAGCCCGCGGGCCGCGCGGCCAUCGUGUCCUUCAUGAUCCGCUACGGGAACAAGCCCAGUGGUGGGCUGUAUCUGCACCACAACUACGUGGUGGCCCUGCUGAACGACCUCUUCGGAGUCCAGGCCCGAGGCGGCUGCGCCUGUGCCGGGCCCUACGCUCAGAGGCUGCUGGGCAUCGACGCCGACCUGGCGCGCGUCUUUGACGAGGCGCUCCUGCACUCAGCCCAGGAAGUCCUCAGACCAGGCUUUGUUCGCCUGGGCAUUCACUUCACCAUGUCCGAUGAGGAUGUUGAACUCCUGGCCUCUGCAGUGGAGUGGAUUGCGGGGAAUGGCUGGCGCCUUCUGCCAGCUUACAGCUUCUGUGUCGAAACCGGGGAGUGGUACCACCGCCUGGCAACACCGCAGCAGGACCGGGAGUGGCUCUCUGGCUUGGUCCCUCCAGUGCUGAAGAGCAGCCCCUUGCGGGAUCUCGAGAGCAACCUCCGUCCCCAGGACACUCCUCCCCCCGAAGAUGUGCUGGCUGCUGCAGAUCAUGCCUUGGCCACCACCUUCAAAGGUGAGAAUCCGAUUCCGCUGUCCUCCACUCGCUGUCCGCUGUUGGACGCCGAGUACGCCCAUCUCACCUGGUUCGCCCUGCCCACGGACGCGGCUGCGGCGCUGCGAAGCGAUGCGCAGCCGCUUCUGGAUGCGGAGGGCGCCGUCUUCACUGCGGAGAAGGCGGUGGAGCGCCCCCACGGCGCCGCCUUCGCCGUCGCCGCCGUGGCCACAGCAGAGUCCACGUCGGCCGGGUCUGAGCAAGGAUCAGCCUCCCCGGCCGAUGCUGAUGGCGACCUUGUGGCUUUUGAGUUCGGCUGUGACGAGGAUGACAUGGAGCCAACCGCGGUUUCUGGGUCUUGCCCGUCCCCGUCUUACCCAAGCACCGCCCUGGCACCGAAAGUGCCGAAGUCGCUGCGGAGCCAGGUGGCCGGAGGCAUCAAAGAGUAUGACAUGAUCCGCGAAGGGGACCGUCUCCUCGUGGGCUUGUCUGGCGGCAAGGACAGCCUCACGAUGCUCCACGUCUUGCUGGAGUUGCAGCGGCGCUCCCCUGUAAAGUUUUCAGUUGCAGCAGCAACUGUAAACCCAGAAACUCCGGAGUUCUCUCCGCAGCCUCUCAUCGAAUACAUGGGCGCCCUUGGGGUCACCUACCACUUCCUGUCGAAGCCACUGAUCGAGAUGGCGAAGUGUCAUCUGGACCCGAAGAAGCCUUCGAUUUGUUCCUUCUGUGCGCGGAUGAAGCGUGGGAUGUUGUACACUUGCAUGCGCGAGAACGGCUACAAUGUCCUUUGCCUGGGCCAGCACCUGGAUGACUUUGCCGAGUCGUUCUUGAUGUCGGCGUUCCGCAACGGCUCCCUGAGGACCAUGAAGGCAAACUAUGCCGUCGCGGCGAAGGAUCUCCGCGUGUGUCGGCCCUUGGUUCACGUGCGCGAGAAGACGCUGGCGCAGUUCGCAAAGGAGAACAGGCUGCCAGUCAUCGCAGACAACUGCCCAGCCUGCUUUGCGGCGCCGAAGGAGCGUCACCGCAUCAAGUUGAUGCUGUCGCAGCAGGAGUUCGAGCACCCUGACCUCUUUUGGUCCCUCAGCUCUUGCAUGAAGCCGCUGAUGUCAAUCACGCAGACGGAGAAAAACAUGGACUGGUGGCGGCAAGUGCUGGGCGCAGAGGAGGAGGAUGAGGAGGCAGCUCCAGUUGAUGAGGCGAAGUCCCGCGCGAGCGAAGGAGCACAGGAAGCCUGCCUCGCCUCUUCAAUGCCACAUAUGCCACCGAGAGCAGAUCAGGAACUGCGCCCAGCGAAGCUGGCAGCGCUCGCUUGCUCGUCCGCGCUUGCGGGAGCGCUAGUGACGUGGCUGCUCAUGACCCGGCCAAAGAGGUGA